UUCAUCGGCAAUUGGGAUUGGAUUGGAUGUAUUCUCUUGAGAUUCUUGUCAUGUCUUGAUGAUAUUGCAUUGAAUUUCGGGGCGAAGUUUCACGUUAUUUUUAAGUUUACUAAUUUUGUUUGACAAAAAAUACUUUUUUCAAACACUAUACGAUAAAUACUAUGCGACAUUUGAUUCAUUCUGACUUAAGGAAUUCCUGACCGACGACUUCUCAUCUGACCAUUGUUUGACUUCGACCGAAUUACCGUUAUGACUGCCUUCAAAAGUAAUAAUUGGAAUUCAAACAUGCGUAACGAAGAAAGAAAAGAAGACAUGCCCCCAUUUUCGAGAGUGUUUGUUGUGUGCAGUAAACAAUUUCAUGUUGAUGAUUUGAGGCCGCAUUUUGAAGAAUUUGGUGAAGUGGAAGGUAUUUAUAUGCCAAGAGAUCGAAACACGGGCGAGUCCAAAGGCGUAGCAUACAUUAAAUACGCUAAAACAUCGUCUGCGGCAGCCGCUAUUGAGAGACUGAAUACGAAAACCCUAACGGAUUCCGGGAAACCCCUAAAAGUAAUGGUUGCUGCAAAUAGAAAUGAUGUUCCAAGCACCAAUGAAGAAAAAUAUAAAAGGCUUUUUAUCAAGGUGCACAAAGAAGUAAAAAGAGAAGAAAUUUUGGAACACUUCUCAACAUUUGGUCAAGUAGAGACUGUUCAUAUACAAAAGGACAAAUUAACAGAUGCAUGUAAAGGUUUCGCUUAUGUUAAUUUCAAAUCAUUUCUAGGAGCUGCAAAAGCUUACGAGGGUUGUGAUAAAAAGUACCGGGCAGUAUUCGCUACUCCUAAAGAUGAGUUGAAGAGAAGUAGGAAUAGUUUAGAUAACAUAGGGCCUAAUUUUAUAGAUAAUUAUCAACAUAAUAAUCACCAUUUCUGGGAUAAUUUUCACCAUGUAGAUGUUCAUCAAUCACAUCCCCCUGUCACAGAUAUGAUAAAGAAUGAUGUUCCUCUUGCAAAAGCUGGUCCUGUAUAUAACUCUGUUCUGGUAACAUGUAGUCCACAAGUGCCCCAGAAAUAUAUUGAAAGCCUUUUCAAUAUAAUUCCUGGCAUGGUUGAAUUUAAAUACACAUUGGACUCAUACAAUGGAUUGUGUAAAGCUAAUAUAACAUAUGAAAGUGAGGCAAAAGCAUCAUUUGCAGUAGAGAGGCUAAAUCAAUUUGAAUUUCCAUCUGGUGAAAUCAUCUCUGUCAAGAUAGAUGACCCGUUGAAAAAGGCUGCCAAUAAUUUGACAGAAGUGGUUAAUAGUUUCAAAAAUUCAAUUGAUAGCGGCAACCCUGAUUUACUUCAGUUAGCAGAUGCCAUUGCACAAGCGUCUACGCUUAUAAAAGCAGCCACGUCUGUGAAAAAUGAUGUCCGUGCUCCAUCACAUGACAUUAAUUGCAAUGUGAAUUUGCCUGCUCCACAACCGAUGGCUAAUGGUGACAGCCGAGUCGCCCAAAGAUGCUUCAUAGUGUGCAAACCUUACCCUCCACCGAUAGCAGUCCUACAAGAUGCGUUCUGCCGUUUUGGAGAUCUCAUUAAUGUCUGCACAUUUCCGAACAAGACAUUCGGUUUUGCAAAAUAUGCUUCCAUACAGGCUGCGCAGGAAGCUAUCAGAGUUCUAAACGGUUCAAUGCUCUGUGGAGUCCAGCUGAAGGUAUGUGUGGCCGAUGAGAAACCUAAAGAAGAUGACCACCGAAUGAAGACAGAAGACCACAGUGAGAACCACUCUGACCCUGACAUCGACAGGAAAAGAAUGAAGCUUUAUGACAAUUCUAGAUCCAAUAACGCCCAGCUGUCUCACUCUUAACUAAUGACAAUUUGACUAGAAGAUUUUAUAUGUUUACAAGAAUAAUAUUUAAUAGGAACUUUUAAUGAAUUACUUUAUUGAGAACUGACAUAAUCGGAACUAUAGUAUUAUACAUUUAUAUCUAAUGAAGUACAUCAAAAUCUGUUGUUGAAAUUGUAUUUUGUGAGAUUAUAGCAUGCAUUUUG